AUGGAUCCCCGCGACAGCAGCGAUGUCGCCGACUCGACCGACUGGCUCACGACGACGCUGUCAUGUCUGAUGCCCGUUGAGCAGGCGCUGCGCUGCCAUGUGUGCAAAGACUUUUACAACUCGCCCAUGAUAACGUCCUGCAACCACACGUUUUGCUCGCUCUGCAUCCGGCGGUGCCUGUCGGUCGACGGCAAGUGUCCGCUGUGCCGUAUGACGGACCAAGAGUCCAAGCUGCGCGGGAACUGGGCGCUGCGUGAGGCCGUUGACGCUUUCUGCAAGGCACGACCGGCCACGCUCGAAGUGGCACAGAAACCGCUACCACGUGCCAAGUCACCGACACCUCCACAGUCGAAACGGAAGGGAACGGACGAGGCAACUGCAUCACAACCAAGUGGCAGCCAGCAGACGCCACCGGCAAAACGGACGCGGACUUCAGCUCGGUUAAGCAAGACAAAGGCUGCCGAAGCUGUAACAACCAUUGCGCAGGAUGAGGUGCAGGUGGAGGUGCCGGACAGCGACAGCAACAGCCGCGACAGUGGCGAUAUGGACUAUGAGCCAGACGACGGCCUUGUUGCCUGUCCUAUUUGCCAACGGCGCAUGAAGAUGACACUGAUCAACGGCCACCUCGACUCGUCCUGCGGCAGCUCGCCGCAAAAGCCAAAACCGUCUACAUUCUCCGGACAACCCUCUUCGUAUUCGAGGAUACGACAACGAGACGCCCCGUCGUCCUCCUCCUCGUCCUCCUUUCAUCCUUUCUCCGCAGCCUCUGCGCCUGCACCACCACCAGAACGGUUGCCGUCCGUCAGCUACUCGCUGCUCAACGACGGCGCUCUGCGCAAGAAAAUGGCAGCUCUCGGUCUCGUGACGUCGGGCUCCCGCCAGCUGCUGGAGCGCCGGCACAAGGAGUGGACGACCAUCUGGAACGCCAACUGCGACUCGGCGCGGCCGAAGCGCAAGGCAGACCUUUUGAACGACAUGGACAUUUGGGAGCGCACAGUCGGCGGAGGCGGCGCGGGUGGUGGCCUCACCGCUAGCAUGCUAGGUGGCCGCGGUGCGACCCUGACGUCACGGACUGUCGCGGCUGCCACCCAGCAGGCGGCCCAGAUUAAGGACAAGGAAUUUGAUGGGGCCGCGUGGUCGGCGAAACACAGCACGUCCUUCCAGGACUUGAUUGCCAACGCACGAAAAUCCCGAUUAAAAUCACAGGAAAACGCGGACAAGGAAGAAGACAAGGCAGAAACGAAAGAGGCCGGGCCCGAAGCGGCCUCGGAGCCAAUAAUUGCGGAGACACCGCCGCGCGAGGAACAGCAAACUUCUAAUGUUCUUAGUACUGUUGAUACAAACGCAGGAAGUAACGUAUCAUCAUUACAACCAGGGAAGCAAGCAGAGCUGGACGGGUCAGAUGCACAAGCAACAAGAGACAAUGGGCCGACUGAUGACAGUACAGCUAUUGACCUUUAA